AUGUCCACCUAUCUCGACCCGCGUUUCUCUUAUGUGCCGGAUCUUCUUAUGAGAGUACGCUGGACAGAAAUCGAAGAAUCAAUUGCGCUUUAUUCUGAGUCAUUGAUUAUUGUGCCCACAUCAGCACAGCCCCCAGUUCCAAAAAAAGCACACGUUGAAGAGUCUAGUUAUGCGAAAUUUGUGCAAUCCAAGAGACUAUCAGUCGGGGGAAGUAGCAUCCAGGCGGAAAUGGCGAGCUACAAGGCACUUGUGGUUGCUGGAAGACCAGCCUUGGAUUCUGACCCAGUUACUUUUUGGAGAGCUCACAGAGAUAGAUUCCCGCUUCUUCAAAGAAUCGCUCUGCAUUUCCUCUCGCCCACGCAGUCUAGUGCAAUUGUGGAAAGAUCGUUUAGUGUCUGCGGCUCCAUCGUUAACAAUAGCCGAAGAAACAGGAUGAAACCGAAGACUCUUAACCAGCAACUUCUUUGUGCGGCAUUGGCUACUUUGGAAUCUACGACGAAGGAAAAUACGUCGACGACUGAAGAGUACGAAUAUGACGACGAGAAUGAUGACUCAGAAGGCGAAGAAUAUUACGAAUCUAGAGAGCAUAACGACGAUACUUUUGGAAACGAUUGGCCCAAAUAA